CUACUCUGCUUCAAAUACAAGCCGCUAAAAGAUCCAUCUAUAAAGAUAAUACCAGGCACUACGCUAAAACUCGGUGAGCAGCAGACUAGUAAAUAGGGCGAAGCCGACCUUGACAGGAACAUGGUGCGCCACGAGCACGAUGAAGGCCACUGGGCCGUUGCAGUCGGCCACGAUCAAGCUUCCGGUUACUUCAUCAGCGUUUAUGACCGCCGUCUGGAGAUUGAGGACAGUACUGGCGAUGACUUUGAGCGUCUGGCCUACAGUAUCGCCCCUGACGGAACCGGUUGUUAUCUCAACGCUUAUACUGGAAGCUUCGGAAUGGGCCAAAAAGUCAGUUUGAAGACGAUGGAGCGGUUGUGGAGGAUGUAUGGGGCGCCGAAGAACGAUAUGGACUUGCUUCGUCAUAACCUUCCGACCCAGCUCAUGAUGGUCUCUCGAGAUCGAACAACAUCUAGUAUAGUGGUCAAUUUGUUCCCUCCGGGGCCGAAUAACCAACUCGUUCAGUUUCUCUAA